UUUCACUCGGUAAUAUUCAAUCGUUGCAGAGCCGUGAGGUUUUCGAGUUUUAAAUCAGUCGGAAUCAAUUAUGUUAAAAAAAAAUUAGAAAUCUAAAGGGCCAGAGCAGCAGGAACAGCUUCAUAAUGCAGCGAUUUUUCAUUUUGGCAGUUUUCCUUUCCUGGGUGCUCAAUUCGUUCCAUUUCUUGGCAUCUAUUCUUUCUUUGUCUCUCUCUCCCUGAAUUAUUUAUUACUGAUUCACGCUAUACUGGUAAAACCCUUUUCCAAGAAGAAGAAGAAGACGAAGAAGAAGAAGAAGGAAGCAUGUCUAAAAAGGGAGGAGCUGCGCUUCAAAAGGAUGUUCCUUGGAGGGUCUUUUCCUCCAAACCCCUUCCUAAAAUUCACCACUCUCCUGUUCUCCGUGUCUCUCAAACCCCUUUCUCCACUUACGCCCUCUCCAUCAUGAAGCACCCCGACCCAAUAGGAACUGGUUUGGCAACCGAAGCCAUGGUGGAAGCCGCUGGUCCUGAUUGCAUUGUCCCUGGCCAGAUUACUCCCGUUCGAUUACUUGGUAUUAAGGUGUGGCCUAUAGAUGUUAACCUAAAAUUUAUGGAACCUGUUGGACGAGAACUUAAGUUGCUUGGAAAGUUCAUGGAUAAUGCAGUUGACCUUAUGAACAAAUCGUUUGUCGAUCGCUAGUAGCUUGGGAUUCUUGGUUACUGCUUGCAAGUGCAAUUUUGGGAGUGUCAACAGCACAAGCCUGGUGAAACAGAGUGACUGUAAAUAAGAUCUUCCUUUGUGAUGCCUUCUUAUGCUGACUUUAGUUCUAAUAAUAAUUUCAAAGUUGGCGAGUGAAAGAGUCUACAUAGGAUGUUGACAAGGAUAGGAUUGUGUUUUCAAUGUUCUUUUUUAUUCUAUGCAUCAUACCGUUUUCUUCCUUAAAUUCUAUUUCAUGGAAUAUUUGGCUGUUGUUUUUUGUCUUGAAGGGUUAUCCACCGUGUAUAUGUUGAUCCGAA